GCGCUAUACGUUCGAGGUGACAACAUGGAGGACCAUAUAGCGACGAAUCUAUGCGGCGAUGGUCGGUUUGGCCCUGUUGUUGCGACUGAAAGUUGUCGCGGAGGGUUUGAUUUCACGGUGCUUUUUGAGUCUACCAUUCUAGCUGUCAUUCCUAGUGUUUGUUUUCUUUUGUUGGCACCACUUCGAUUUUUUCAGCUGUCGAAAGAGUCGCCGAAAGUGAGAUCAUCUUUCCCCCGAAUGGCGACAUUGUUACUAUCGGCGCUGUUUGUAUUUCUUCAGAUUCUUCUUCUUGUGGUGGUCAAAACACAACACAUAGGAGGGCAUGCUUUGCUUGCAGGUAGAGCCCUCGAACUUGUAGCAGCACUAGUUGUUGUAACACUUAUCGAUUUCGAGUAUUUCCGCUCCAUUCGUCCUUCAUCUGUCACCGCAGUCUACUUAUCUGUGACUUUGCUGUUCGAGACUGCGAGAACGCGCACCGCGUGGCUCUUACAUGAUAACCCGUUAUACCCAUCGUGUCUUUCUACCUCUCUCGUCAUAAGACUGCUUCUGCUCAUUGUGCAGAACGUUGAGAAGAAGCGCUGGCUUUUAAAGAAGACAGAGAAACUAUCAGAUGAAAGCAUUGGUGGCCCAUUUAAUCGGGGGUUUUUCGUGUGGCUAAAUAGCCUUCUCCGUCAAGGAUAUACUGCUCUAUUGAAUGGGAACGAGCUGCCACACAUCCAUGAAAAACUAUCAUCGCAAGAUUUAUCCAAGAGUUUCGAAGCUGCAUGGGACAAUUGCAACCAAAACCGCAAAAAUGCUUUGAUGUUUGCCAUAGUCAAGUGUCUACGUUGGGAAAUUCUAGGCAUUGCCAUGCCCCGGCUUGCUGUUAUUGGAUUCAGCGUUGCGCAGCCAUUCAUAGUGGGCAGAGUUGUCGAUGUCUUACAAGAAACCGACUCUUUGUCACUCGAUAUGGGAUAUGGGCUGAUAGGAGCUACUGCAAUUGUUUUUAUCGGGAUUGCUGUGACAAGAGCUUUAUAUGAGCACCUGGGGUUUCGGGCCACAACAAUGAUUCGCGGAGGUCUUAUGGCCCUUGUGUACAAACACAUGAUGAAUUUACCUCUGGGGAGCACAGAUGAGUCUAGUGCCAUGUCUCUCAUGGGUUCUGACAUAGAGAUGCUUGCCGAAUAUUUCAACUCUACUGUCUGCGAAACAUGGGCGAAUGUCCUUCAAUUAGGCCUGGCAACAUGGUUACUGAAAACCCAAGUGGGAGCUGUCUGCAUUGCGCCAAUUAUAAUUGUGAUCAUAUUCCUUGCUUUUUCCUUUGGCACGGGGAAUUCAGUGUCAUAUCGACAGAAGAAGUGGCUCGAGGCAACUGAAAAGCGCAUAAACUUUACGUCUGCAAUUCUUGGCUCCAUUCGGAAUGUCAAAAUUCUUGGCUUGACCGAGGUUAUGCAAAAUAUGAUCGAUUCUUCACGUCAAGAUGAACUUGAAAUAUCCAAGAGAUUUCGCCGAAUUCAGACUGUUCGGGUUUGUACAGUCAAUUUGCCAAAUGUCUUCGGUCAACUUGCAACUUUUGCUGCAUAUGCUAUAGUGGCUAAGAUUGAGGGGUCUGACGGAAUAUUUGUCGCGCAAGCCGUCACAUCGCUCUCACUGAUCAAUCUGAUGAUAUUCCCACUCAGCAGCUUGCUUUUGGCCAUACCUGACACAUUUGCGUCAAUGGGUUGCCUUGACAGGAUACAAGACUUCCUGAGGCAUUCGAAGCGUCUUGACAAAAGAGCAUAUCCAUCAUCAGCGCUCGAGUCUUCGAUAAACGAUGGCCCUACAUCAGAUAUUGCGUUGAGCUCAAUUCCGUCUCCAUUAGAGAUCAAGCAUACCGUAAUGUCCUUGAAGAAUGUUCGAUUUGCCUGGCAGCCCUCUUCAUCAAACAAAACUGGCAUAAACCUCAAAAUAGAUUCCUGCUCAACGGGAACUUUAGUUUUGAUUAUUGGGCCAGUUGGCAGUGGAAAGUCUACUCUUCUCAAAGGACUUGCCGGCGAGACACCGGUAAUUGAAGGCGAUUACUUCAUCAAACACCCCGAUAUGGCCUUCUGUGAUCAGAAACCAUGGCUUAUCAAUGCGUCAAUCAAGGACAACAUUGUCGGGAAUUCGAAGCUUGGGCUUGAUAAUGAAUGGUACCGCACGGUUAUAAGUGCAUGUUCUCUCGACACCGAUUUCAUGAAGAUGCCGGAAGGCGAUCAGACAGAAGUGGGCAGUCAAGGAGAUAAGCUCAGCGGUGGACAGAAGCAGAGGAUCACAAUUGCACGAGCUCUAUAUUCCCGGAAGCGAAUCUCCUGUUUUGAUGAUGUUUUGAGUGGCCUGGAUAAUGCCACUUCGAAGCUAGUGUUCAACAGAGUAUUUGGCUCGAAUGGCCUACUGCGUCGACUAGGAGGCGUGACAUUCUUGGCGACACACUCUAUCGAUUACAUGAAAUAUGCCAAUUUUAUCGUUGUUUUAGGAGACGAUGGUCAAGUGUUGGAACAGGGCAGCCCAGAAGAUAUUCGAAGUUAUGCCACUGAUGUUCCUGGACCAAAUAAAACGGAUGAAAAAGAGACUAACACAGAAAUUGAUUUGUUUGAUGACCAAGAAAGUCAACACGAGCCUCAAGAGUCAACACUGGAGUCUUUGGGUGACUCUUCAGGCAGCGAUAAACGCCAAGGAGGAGCCGAUAUGUCGAUUUAUAAGUAUUACUUUUCAGCUCUCGGCUGGGAAAGAAUCUCCUUCUUGCUGCUUUUCCUGAUUAUCGACUCUGGAAUAGGAGGAUUCCGAUAUAUAUGGAUCGAGCUUUGGUCCUCCAGCAACUCACGGGGUUCCAAUCCGGACUUGGGCUACUGGCUCGGACUUUACACCUGCUUCUCAUUUAUUGAAGCAGCGGCACUUACCCUUGCUGUUUACUGGACUUGGGUCGUGAUUGUACCGGUCGCUUCUAGAAAUCUACAUUCAAAAGUUCUUUCCGCUUGUAUGAGUGCUUCCUUGUCAUACCUGUCGAAUGUCGAGACUGGGUCUUUAGUUACCCGCUUUAGUCAAGAUAUGAGACUUGUCGACAUGAUUCUUCCUCGAGGUCUCAUCAAUGCCGGCUUUCAAUUCUUUGCGGCCCUUGCUCAGGGUGCUAUUGCGAUAGCGUCCUUGCCAUAUUUGGCAGCCGUUAUUCCGGUACUUCUGGGACUACUUUUUCUGAUCCAGCGGUUUUACCUGAGAACUUCUCGCCAAUUGAGAUUACUGGAAAUUGAACUAAAAAGCCCCUUGUACACCCACUUCAUUGAAUCACUCGCCGGAGUGGUGACAAUCCGAUCUUUUUCGUGGGUGGAUAAAUCUGUAUCUAGAAUGAUCUCGAUGCUUGAUAUGGCACAACGGCCGUACUAUCUCCUGCUGUGUAUUCAGCGAUGGCUAAGUCUGGUUUUGAACUUGGUUGUGGCGGCAUUGACAAUCCUUCUUGUUGGGAUGGGAUUUGCUCUCCGCAGUAAAAUAAAUCCAGGUCUCCUCGGAAUCGCUCUCGUGAUGAUGAUAGAUCUUGGUCAGGUAUUGUCAUCGCUUAUCCAGAGUUGGACAUUACUUGAAACUUCUCUGGGGGCGAUUUCGCGCAUCAAAGACUUUUCGGAGAAGACUCCCUGUGAAGAGAAUGAUGUACGACCUUUGAUCAAACCAAGUCCAGAUUGGCCAAAUCGUGGAGAAAUCGAGUUUGUGGAUGUCGGCAUUUCGUACGGUGCCACUGACGAGGCCAAGCCCGUGAUAAGUGAAAUCUCGCUUCGGCUGAAGGCAGGGUCUAAGGUCGGAGUCUGUGGCAGAACUGGAAGUGGGAAGAGUAGCUUGGCAAUGUCCCUUCUUCGCCUCAAUGAGUUGACAUCCGGUCGGAUCAUCAUAGACGGACAGGAUAUUUCGAACAUAUCCCGAUCGACAGUUCGACAGAGCAUAAGUAGCCUCAGCCAGGAUCCAUUCUUUUUCCCGGGCUCCAUCCGACAAAAUUCUGACCCUUGGGAUUGCGCAACGAGUACGGAAAUACUUGAUGCCUUACAGCGGGUUGGUAUUUGGGAUUCUUUAGCAACAAAGAUUGAGGGCACCGUCGAUGAUGUACUGGAAACAAAACUGGAUCACGGUAUUUUAUCUCAAGGACAGAAGCAGCUAUUUUGCCUCGCGAGAGCGCUGCUCAAAAGAAGCAAGGUAUUGAUUCUAGAUGAGCCAACAAGCAGCUUGGAUCGAGAGACAGAUGUCAAAGUCCAACAGGUCAUACGGGAAUCCUUCAAAGAAUGUACUGUGAUGAUGAUAGCGCAUCGAAUCCGUACCUUACUGGACUUUGAUCAGAUUAUAGUGCUCGAUAGCGGUCGAAUCAUAGAACAAGGGAGCCCAAGCCAAUUGAUCGGUCGAGACGGCGGGGAAUUUUCUAAGCUGUUAGGCCUUGAAUCAUGA